UCCACCACUCAGAGUUCUCUCAGCCUUGCAACUGCAAGGACCUACGCUCACAACCGAAAACGAGAACGGUGCUCCUUGCCGGGACAUUUUUGUUCGAUAUUUACAAAAGCAAAACGGAAGUGAGAGCGUGUCAAGUGAUUUAAAACAGCCGAGUGCCCAGAGGAGAAAGUAGUGAUUUUUUUUUCUCUUGAUAGUGUACACGCAUCGCAGCCUAUGUCCACCACCAAAGCUGAAAGCAUGACUCGACCGGAAUGGCGACGAGAUGAUGGCGACACAAAGCUGGUAUUUGGAGUCGCCGGCGUUAUCUUGGCUGCCUCUUUCCUCUUCAUGAGGUCUCCAGUCACAGAAACGCAACUUCCCGAACCCCAAAUAGUAACCACGUACGACUAUGACCCCUGCUGUGGAUACCCAUGCCAGAAUCAGGGCAUCUGUAUGGCUUGGCCUGGAAACAACUACACUUGCGACUGCACUGGAACUGGGUAUUAUGGAGAUCACUGCGAAAUACCGACAUGGCCAGCCUGGUUAGCAAAGAAGAUCAAGCCUGACCCAGAGUCACUUCACAACUUUCUGACAUCCAACGGCUGGUUGUGGGCCAUCCUGAACAGGAUUCCAUUCAUUCACAAGAAGCUGAUGACAUACGUGUAUUUGUCCCGUGGCGAUAUGGUAGAUUCUCCACCAACUUAUGAAAGUGACCACAGCUACAUCACACUUAACGCCUAUUUCAAUGAAAGUUACUACGCCCGUGCCCUCCCGCCAGUUCCUGAGCACUGCCCAACACCUAUGGGAGACAAAGGAUUCAAAGAGCUUCCAGACGUCGACCUCCUAAUCAAGAAGGUCUUCAUGAGGAAAGAGUUUAUCCCAGAACCUCACGAGACCAACGUCCUUUUCCAGUACUAUGCUCAGCACUUCACUCAUCAGUUCUUCAGAACAGACCUGAAAAAAGGACCACAGCUCACCAAAGGCACUGGUGGUGUUGACGUUUCCAACAUCUAUGGACUGACUGAAAAUGACCGCCAGGCUUUGAGGUCAAGGGUCAAUGGGAAGCUUCGUACUCAGGUAAUUAACGGAGAAGAGUUCCCCCCUUACCUGAAGGAUGUCCCUGACAUUACGAUGGACUACCCACCAAAUGUUCCAAUUCCAGAAAACGGGAAGUUCGCCCUAGGACAUCCUUUCUUUGCUCUUCUUCCUGGACUUUUUGCCUACGCAACCAUCUGGGUUCGUGAACACAACAGGGUUUGUGACGAACUCUUCAAAAUCCAUCCUGACUGGAGUGAUGAACAGCUAUACCAAACAGCCCGCCUGAUUAUAACUGGUGAAGUCAUCAAGAUCACGAUUGAAGAUUAUGUCCAACAUCUCAGCCAGUACAAAUUGAGACUUUCUUUUGAACCAGAUCUUGUCCACGGAACAAGGUUCCAGUACCACAACAGAAUCCAUGUCGAAUUCAACCACCUAUACCACUGGCAUCCACUUAUUCCUGAUACACUUGAGAUUAAUGGAACCAACUACGGUAUCAUGGAUAUGGCUUAUAACACACUUCCGAUCUUUAAACAUGGUCUCGAUGAGUUUAUCCAUUCAAUGGUUAACAGCCGUGCUGGAGCGCUGACAAACCGGAACCAUGCUCAUGUACUUUAUCCAGUGCUAAAGAACGUCAUUGAAAGUGGGCGGAAACUGAGGUUCCAGGGUAUCAAUGCUUACAAGAAGAGAUUUGGUCUUCGUCCCUUCACCAGCUUUGAAGAUAUGACUGGUGACAAAGAACUUGCUGCAGAUUUGGAGUCAUUAUAUGGAGACAUUGAAGCUGUGGAAUUCUAUGUUGGUCUGCUAGCCGAACGUCCAGGCCCUUCAGUAACACCCUUAACAAUGGUGAACACCGGAGGCCCAUGGAGUGUCAAAGGUCUCAUUGCAAACCCAAUCUGCAGUCCCAAGUACUGGAAACCUUCUACCUUUGGUGGAGAAGAAGGCAUGAACAUCAUCAAGACCGCAUCUCUGGAAAAGCUCUUCUGCCUGAACAUGAAAAGUGGAUGCAAGAACAUUGCCUUUACAGUCCCCGAGGGCACGCCAUAGAGAUAACCAUCAUUGUAGGUGUUUCCAGAGGAAAUGCCUCUUGAUUUAUUUAUUCUUCAAAAUAUGUCUCCCAUUUUGUAAGAGUGAUUUCAAUUUUUAAUUGAAUGAUAAAUUUAUUUAUUUCAUGGUUCCGAUUUCUUAGCAAGUGCUCUUACAAAUUGCAUAGAUUAAUUUCUAUCAAGGGGACUAUUUUGAAAGCAAGCAGUUUUCUUAGUUGAGCUAGAAGUGCUUGCUUAAACAGGCUGUGCAUAGGUUGUAAGAUGUCGUCAUUUUCAUUUCUUGCAUCUUUUUGUUGUCGUGGGAGUCAAAGAAGAGUGAAAGGUCUGCAAAUGUAUUCUCAGGUAACGCCAGAAGAGGUGAAGAUGAAUCUCAGCCUUAGCCUAGGAGUUUUUCAUCGGAGUUGCAAGGAUUGCCUAGUGGCUUAUAUGUUCUUUACUUCUCACGUAAAGCUCGCAUCAUACCCAGGUUUUAUCAACGGCGGUUCAUUGCAUUCCUAUAUGUGACAGUAUAGGAGAUUCUGCAAUGCGUUCGCUGAG